GCUAUAAAUAGUUUGAGAAAUAUUCGAGUGUACUACAUUCAUUGAAUAAGCUUUCAGUUAAUUAGGAACGUUUAUGUUAUUAUGUUUAUAUUUUUGUGUGUGAUUUUGGAUAUUUGUAUAUAUAAAAAAUACCCAAACAAAUAGUGCUAUUUCAGUUUUAAAAUGAAUUGGAAUUAGUAUUAGAAUCAAAGAGAAGUGACAAAAAAAGAAGAAAGAAAAUAUAUACAGAAAAAGCAACCAAAAGGACAGAAUUAAAUGAAGUUCAUUUAAAAUCAUUACGUUUCAUUUAGUAUGUACCAUGAAAGUUUUAUCAGUACUAUUGUCAUGCAAAUAAUAUGGGGUUGGACUAUUUAGGGCCAAUCAUACUUGUUACUUGUCUGAACACUUUUUUUGGUGCAAGUGUACCAUGUAAUGAAACAUAUCUUGCUAAAAAUGGUCACCGGUGUUACCCAUGCUGUGUAGGGUAUCACAAAGUUUCGGAUUGUGACAUAGACGGAGAACAAUUUAGAUGUAAACCUUGUAGAUACGGGUAUUAUAUGCCCACAUGUGAUAAUUCAACACAGUGUAAGAAGUGUGAUCAGUUUUGUCAUGGAAGACAGAUUGAAAUUAAAGCAUGCACAUCAACCAGUAACCUAAAGUGCCAGUGCAAAGAUGGUUACUAUUGGAAAAAGGACCCACAUCGAUUUUGUACAAGACAUAGCAAAUGCAUCCCCGGAGAAGGAUUAAAGACAAAAGAUGUUGGUGGUAUACCCUGGGUUGUGGUGAUCAUAGUAAUUUCAGUUUCAUUGUCGAUAGUAAUGGUAGCAGGUGGUGCUGGCGUCAAACUGUGUGUUGGAAGAAGUAAACGGAUUGAAAAAUUGUCCUCUUGUCAAGAAGGAGAGGAUGGAAUUCAUAAAGCUUCCACAGAGAACCAAAAAUUGUUAAAAACCAUUAUUGUGGCGGCUGCCAUCAAUGGUGUGACAGAGGAUAUCAGCCAAGCAACCGAUUCGUCAUUUCAGAGAGAUGAAAUAAGAUCAAUUCACAGCCAAACUAAUUCAGGCACAACUGAUAUGGAAGAAAAAUCAUCAGAAAAGUUUGAGCAGGAACACAUAUCUGAUAAACCAGACUCGAAAAAACACUCUCUCUUUGUUGAUUGUAAAUCUGGAAAAGAAAGUCAAGUUGCGAAUGGAACUAGUAACAUGGAUUCACCCCCAUUAUAUGAAAGCGAAGACUUAAGUGGUGUUACUUACAGACAGGUUCAACCGGUUCCGGUAUCAUUAGAAAGCGACAGGCAGGACGAAACUGAAACAACUGGAACUGAGGAUACAAAUACGAUAUACAGUGCUGGCAGCAGGUUGUCUACUUCUAUACAACCAGUUUAGGCAAUGAAUGAAAUAUACAAGGAUAUUUUCAGGAAACAAAUAUAUUAUAGAUGAGUGUUUUUACAAUAAUAACGAACGUUGAUUAAUCACUUAAAACAGUAAGACUAAAAAUACUGAUCAUAUGAAUCAGUUAUCAUUUCUUU